GGCCUCUCGUAGUAUGGUCGGGACGGGAAAACAAAUGCAUGUGAAUCGAAUCUGAAAAGCUCGCGCUGCCGCAUUUAACGAACGAGCUACCAAGGACUCCUCUUAUUUCAACCCUGACCUAAAUCAUUUGCCAGGAGCGCUUUAACGACGCGCACUUUUGCCUCUGGACAGAGAAUGCUUUCCACGAAAUUCGCUUGCGUUACCGCAACAGGCCAGGAAAUAGUGGUGCCGGCCCUCAACUAUUAGAACGCAAGCAGCAUUUCAACGACGUCGUUGUCCUGCAAAACCCUCGGCGCAAACCCACGCGGCCCGCAGUUCUCGAAACAUGCCGAAGGGAUGCUGCGUGCCGUGCUGCCCUUCGACCGAACGCCGCUGCGGCAACGCGGUCUCCUUCCACGAGGUGCCGUCGGACGACCGCUGUCGAGACGCCUGGGUGGACGCGAUCGCUGGCGGCGACGCCGAUGAGCGGGCGCGACUUCUAAGUAACGCCCGGUCCGUCGUGUGCUCGCUGCACUUCAAGCCGACCGACUUCAAGGUCGGCAUGAAGCGUCGCGUCCUCGUGGCCACCGCCGUGCCUUCCAUCUUUCCCGACAAGAGCACCGCCUUGGCCCUGGAACCGCCGUCGCGGAAGCGACGGCGACGUCGGACCGCGGAGCCCUACUACUACUACAACGUGCACUCCGUCAAGGGCGUGGAAGAGGUGGACGAAGAAGACGCGGCGGCGGCGGCCGCGAGCGAAGCGGUGUCGACGUCUCGGGCCACGGCCACCCCGGAGACGACGACCAUUAUGAUACUGCCUGGGAUGGUCAUCCGACACGAGAGGUAGUCUCUCGAACGCGGUGUGUGUGUUGGUGUGUGCGCGAGCGCGGCCAGCGGCUGGAAUUGGCGAUGUGCGGAGAACGCAAAGUGUAGCACGGUCUAGGUGGGUGCGACGCCGAACACCGGCAGAAGACUUCCGACCUGCGUUUACGUCGAAGCUUGCGUUGUGGUUCGUACCUUCGCCAGCCUGCUGGAAAAUAGCAUCAGUGAGCUUGAUAUAAAAAUGCGUCUUCAUUAUCUGGCGUCUUGUUAGCGUGUGUGCAUCUUUUGCAGUGCCUAAUUGUAACAAAAGAAGAAAAAAAAAUGCACUACAGCGGGUCUCGCAUUCUGAAGAUGACACAGCCCUGGUACUAUGGUUAUACAAGUGCCGCUUUCUCGCGGGGCAGCUUAGCAAACUUUGCAAAAUCAACCUCCGUUCUCAGUUUAUGUAAAAGGAGGCUGCACGAUUCCCGAUGCCCUGUCAUGUUUUGCUUGAGCGCCACAGGGGGCAUUUUCUCUAAAGCGUGUCCAGAAUGGAGGAUCACCUUUGGACGUACGUGGACUAGUGUUACUGUUUUGCCAAAAUACUGUGACAGAGUUGCAAGUUGAUUGAUUAUUUACCACAGGUGGCAACAUCUUGUGAAGCCACAUUCCACAUGAAUGUGCUGGCACGUUAUAUUGUUUAGUUGCACGACUCUUGUUGGUGUGAAAAAGUGUAGGUUUAGGAUGUUUUAUGCUGCUGCAAGAACUAUUAUGCCGACAGGGGCCACAGCUACACACACACAAAAAAAAUGAGACUAGCACAGUUUGUUUAAAUGCACUGUCACCACCAGUAAUUCAGUUUGCUGCAACUCCAUCCUGGUAUUCUGGUGCAAUGGUACCAAUAUAGAUCUGUCCGGGUUAAAACUCUUCACCGGUACUCGUGCGGCCUCCGUAUUGGAGAGUAUCUUGCCAAUUGGUUCGAUGGUCCAUUAGUAUAAACUAUGCCUCCUACUCUGAAAGUAUGUGUUGUUCAGCACUCUCGUGAAAAUAAGUGUGCAGCAAGCGCACAAUAUCUAAGAGCCAGUGCGGCUCGUCCUUUGUUUCUUAUAUCUUGAAGGAUAUAGAAGCUUGUUAUCUUGUGGUAAACGCUGAAGCUGCCAUCAGUGUCACCUUUGUUCCGUGCAUAUGCAAAAUGCCUUAGUUUGUAAGAGGACCUUGCUGGAGAAGCAGUGAGUGUCACAUUCGUAUACAACAAUACGUGUGCACGCAUUUGACAAGCCUGUUGGUCUGGAUCUCAAGUCCGAAGAUUUCUGAAGACACGCAACAUGUUCUCCAUAGGAAACUCUGAAUGUGUGUGGUCCGAAUCAGAAGUGCCAAGAACGUUUGCCUAUUAGCUGUGCAAAGGAUAACUUCGUUUUUUCUAAGCUCUGGCGUCGAUGGCCCCUCUGUUACAAGUACCUGCGGGCUUUGGAAACCCUACGGCCCACACGACCUCUCUGGGUCCUGUGAAAUGCUGCUUGGUGAUAAGACUGUGUGUGCACAUUUUUCGGGAAAUGUCGGUAGCACAUGCCUUGCUAUGCAAGUUGCACAAACUGCUGGGUGGCGUUGUUGUUGAACCGAAUUUCAGUGUGUGUGGCCUGGCAGCAGCAAGUGUGAGCAGGUCGCUGGAGACUUCGACCAAAGCCUUAUUGUUGCACCGUCAACAGAGAUCAAUAAUAAAUCAACCUGCACAUAUGGCA